GAUAAGCAGACGACAAUUUGCCCAAAGUAUAUAAGACACUUCUAGAUAUAAAUUUAUUUACUUUUACUUUGACUUUAUUUGAUGUUUUUUAACAGCAAAAUACUUUUACUUAGUUAAAAAAUUAUUGUUAAGUCUUGGAUUAUGUCAGUGAUUAGCACAUCUCUAGCCUCAGCGCUCGUUGUGCUUUUGUGUAUCGGAGGUUUUUCAGAUGCAGAAAGAUCAGAAAGAGGCUUACCUUCCUUACCAGUGGCUAUCACCACGUAUACUGGACGGAAUCCGUUUGAUUAUAACAACUAUGGAUGCUAUUGUGGGUUAGGCGGUGGCGGCAAAAUCAUGGACUCAGUGGACAGAUGCUGCUACGACCACGACAGAUGUUAUGCUAGUGUUAACAAAGACUGCAUUAUUCCUGCCCAACUCAUACUAAAUCGCAUCAACUGUAGCAACGGCUCUUGCAGUUGCCCUAAUACUGCUGGCUCGUGUGCACAUAAGACGUGCACUUGUGAUGUUCAGUUUGGGGUGUGCUUGAAAGGAAAACCUUACAAUCGCAAUAACAAAGGCAACUGCCAAAAAAGCUGAGUAAUAAAAACAACAAAGAAUGGAAAACGUUAGAACACUAUCACUUACUUUUUAUUUUGUGCAAUAUGAUAGUUGAAAUAAAAGUAUUUCAAAAUCCAA